AUGCUCGACGAACCCGCAACCCUCCAGGACGCUUUGCACAGGUCCCAAAAAUACGUCGUUGAAGAAAGCAAGGCGCACCACUCAAAGAUUCAUGGAAUGACGAAGAGUUGUCAUCGUCAAGAGAAUAAAAGGAAACCUUCUCCCGACGAACAAGACGCGACGAAAAAGACAACGACGAUAAGAGUCCAAAUGGUGCUUCCAUGGACGAACGAUCAUACUACAGAAGAAUGUAGGCAUCAGCAUGAUACAAGAGUACAACAAUACUCCGCAAAGCCAAGAUGA